AAUCAGUCCAAACAAUUAAAACAGAUGGAUUAGUGGAGUACUAUAAUGAAAGAAAUAGUAGAAAAACUUAAUACAACAUAUAGAAGACAUUUCAAGUGACUUUGCCAAAAAAAAAACACAUGAUGUUUUUUCCAAUCUUUGGAGCUCUUCUUCUCAUCACUAUUCUCAGUUUUCUUCUUCAAAAAAACAAAAAGAAUGGAAAAAACAAUAUGCCACCAGGACCUAUAGGGCUCCCAUUCAUUGGAAAUUUGCAUCAAUUUGAUAGUUUAGCCCCUCAUCUCUAUUUUUGGAAACUUUCCAAAAAAUAUGGAAAAAUAUUCUCAUUGAAGCUUGGUUCUGCUACUGUGGUUGUCGUUUCUUCAGAAAAAUUAGCAAAAGAAGUGAUGAAGACACAAGAUUUAGUAUUUUGUAGUAGACCUCUUCUUCUUGGCCCGCGAAAACUGUCUUACAACGGUAAUAAUAUUGGCUUUGCACCUUAUAAUGACUAUUGGAGAGAACUCCGGAAAAAUUUUGCGCUUCAUUUAUUUAGUCUCAAGAAAGUGCAAUCUUUUAGUCCAAUUCGUGAAGACGAAGUAUCAAGAAUGAUCAAGAAAAUAUCUCAACAAGCUGCCACUUCACAAAUUACAAAUUUAAGUAGUAUAGUGAUUUCACUAACAACUACAAUUAUUUGUAGAGUGGCUUAUGGUAUUAGGUACGAUGAAGAAACACAUGAGAGGAGGAAAUUUGCUGAGCUUUUAAAAGUGACUGAAGAAAUGUUGGGAGGAUAUUUUGUCUCUGAUUGUUUUCCUCUCUUAGGUUGGAUUGAUAAACUCUCUGGAAGAAUGAAUAGACUUGAGAAGAAUUUUAAGGAUCUGGAUGAGUUUUAUGAAGGACUUAUCGAGCAGCAUCUCAAUCCCAAUAUACCAAAAUCCAUGGAAGGAGAUAUUGUUGAUCUUUUGCUCAAAUUGAAGAAGGAGAAAUCAACUCCAAUCGAUCUUACUUUGGACAAUAUAAAGGGCAUUAUCAUGGAUAUGCUAGUAGGUGGAACGGACACAAGCACAGCUGCAGUAAUCUGGGCAAUGACAGCUUUGAUAAGGAACCCGAAUGCCAUGAAGAAAGUUCAAGCAGAAAUUAGAGAAUCGGUUUGGAAAAAGUCCAUAGUGAAUGAAGUCGACAUCCAAAAUCUUCAAUAUUUCAAAGCAGUGAUAAAAGAGACAUUUAGAUUGUAUCCACCAGCUCCAUUGUUAUUGCCAAGAGAGACAAUGCAAAAUUCCAUACUAGAAGGAUAUGAAAUUAAACAGAAAACUAUAAUUCAUGUCAACAUUUGGGCAAUUGCAAGGGAUCCUGAAAUAUGGAAAAAUCCAGAAGAAUUUAUACCUGAGAGGUUCUUGAACAGCGAUAUCGAUUUCAAGGGCCAAAAUUUUGAGUUGCUCCCAUUUGGAGCAGGCAGAAGAAGGUGCCCCGGUGUCGCACUUGGUGUGGCAACCGUGGAACUUGUACUUUCUAAUCUUCUUUACGCGUUUGAUUGGGAGUUGCCUAGUGGAAUGAAAAGAGAAGACAUUGACACCGAUGUUUUGCCUGGACUUGCUAUGCAUAAGAAAAAUGCUUUGUGCCUUGUUCCUACAAACUAUCACUAGAAUUGAAGAAGAUCAAACUCCUGUAAAGGUCAUUCCAGUGCAUUAAAGCUUCCGAUAAGCGCAGUAAAGCUCCAGUGUUUAAAUUAAAUAAAUAUGUAUGCUUACUUAUCUGUAUUUAACAUAUGGUCGUAUGGUUUUAUGCCUGCCAUAUUUGGUUUUUUAAGUUAAAACUUAAAUAUGCCUUGGAAUGAUUGGGAAUUAGA